CCCCGAGACUGUGGGAAACUGCGCAGCAAAAAGCACCCAUGCAUUGUCAUGGUAAUUUCAGUUGGUGGAGGUUUGAGGGGGAGCGUGAGUACAUGUUAAACGAGGUUAAGUGAGCCUGUUUAGUUUCUAGAUUUAUCAAGACUAUACGCCACCGCAAACUCUAGUUUCGUAAAUAGUCGUGGCAAAGCGAAAGGUUUCUAUACCCAGAUCUGCAGAAAAAUGACGGCUUCUAAUAUCGACAAUGGUUCGGAGAAGAAUUUCAACGCAAAAGAUGAGCGAAAGCUGCGGAAACCCUUGAUAGAGAAGAAACGCAGAGAGAGGAUAAACUCAAGCCUUGAGCAGCUAAAGGGUAUUAUGGUGGAUGCCUACAACUUGGAUCAAUCUAAAUUGGAGAAGGCGGAUGUUCUUGAGAUAACAGUUCAGCACAUGGAAAACCUUCAAAGAGGUUCAGGCGGUAGCAUCAGUCCAGGCACUGGGUUUGAGUCUCGACAAAGAUACAGUAGUGGCUAUAUUCAAUGCAUGCAUGAGGUGCACAACCUGCUCCUGAGUUGCCCUGGGAUGGACAAGACUCUGGGUGCUCGUUUGCUAAACCACUUGCUGAAAUCUCUUCCACAUAUCAGCACUGAGGCCGGCGGCACAAGAUCUGUUGGCACCCCUGGCCCUCUUCCCCUAUCCCCUACCCAAUCCCCUCUAAACCUGCCCUCCUUACAUCCCCAUCCUCUCCACCUGCACACCCCUCCAACUCCUUCCCCACCCUCCAGCCCCACUCACUCUCCCAGAGUCCCACCGAAUAGAGAGAGACCAAGCGAACAGUCCUCUCCCCCCAGGUCUCCUUCCCCUCAGACUCCAGCACGAUCGGCCCUUCCCCCUUUCUUUCCAGGAGCUGAUCCCUCUAUGUGGAGACCCUGGUGAAUGAAUGCAGCCCAGCCCCCCCAUUUGCCCUCCCCUUGCUCUUCUUUGGCCUGCCCUCUUCUACCUAAUAGUUUCCAUCACAUUUGCCCUCUUUGGAGGUUGGAGUGCUUUCCACUCAAAGGGGUGCGUCAUGUUCAGUUACAAAGUCCCAUGGGGUUGUUUGGUAUCAUUUAAAGCACUGUACUGCAUGCUUGGAAGAAAAUUAUGCUAUGUUCAUGUUUUGAGGGUAUGAUCACAGAUGACACCAAAGCUGCCCUCGUUGACUGUAUAUACUAGUAUUGCUGUCUUGACCACUUGUAGGGAAAGCUUAUAUUACCUUUGCCUUGCUUUUUCUCUCUUUUUUUUACUAGCUGGGUUUUAGACAUGGUGUGCUGUGGGUUUUAGGGGAUUUGUUGAAAUUAUGCAUGUUUCUCUACCUUAAAUGCAAAGCACUAAUGGUGACUCAGAAAGGGUAGAACUGACAAGAUCAUUUGUGAAGAAUAUACUCCAUCCUUGUAUAUUACAAGAAGAGAGGAGUCUGACUAGUACCUCAUAUUGAAGCAGUUAAAACUGAUUUUCUUUAUGAAAAAUCAGAACUGUAUUGACUUUGUAUUCUCAAAAAUUUGUAAUAAAGAUGAUUUUUCAAAAUGAAAAUGAGGCUGAUUAGUUAUUUUUUUAAACUCUUUAUUUAAUCUGUCAUAUAUACGAACUGGCUCUUUAUUCCACUGACAAACAAAUAUUGGUCGAAUUUAGAUUUUUUUUUUUGACAUUUACAAACAGCAUCACAGGCACUUACUUCAAAAUUAGUUCACUCAAAUUCAACAUUAUGUACAUCCCAAUCCUAUUGUAUUUAUUAGUUAUGCCAACAAUUUGAACCUGAACAUUACAUUCAAUAAACUGUGUUAAUACAGAAAAUAAGAAAAACUUUUUCAGGUUUGCCAAUUUCUUGAUGGAUAGUUUAGCAUGCCAAAGAGAAAAGGGCACAAGAUCUACAAAUUAUCAAAGAAUCAAAAGAGGAUCCAUGGGUCAACACGUGACGUAAUACCAAAUUUCUCUAAAUCUAUACCAAUGGAGAAACAAACUCAUCUACAUAUAGGAUGGCCUGGGGGUUGAGUAAAUUUCAACAAAUUAGCAUUUUUGGGUGAACUAUUCAUUUAAAGUAAACAAAAUAUACAUUUGAGCCAUAUUGUCAGAAAAUUAUGCUAUAACUUAAAACAGCCACUAGAUGUCACUAUUUACUAGCCACAAUCCCACAGUUACUAGUCACAUGCUAAAAUAAAAUGUCUGCCCCCAGAGCCGGCACUGACUACCCCUGGUUUAUCUAGUGUUCUGCUACAUUGAAAGCUAAUUUCACCAUAAAACAUAUUUAGUCUAGCAUUCUAGUUAAUAAUAGAUAUAGAGUGUAAUAAAGCAGGUUGGAGUCAGAAAUGAAAUAUAACUUAUCCAUGAUAAACAUAGUAUUCAAUUUUGUACAAAGUAAAACAAAACUAGGAGGCAAUAUUUCAGCUCAUGCAACAUUAAAAAAUAUGAAUAAUAGGAAAAAAAAGUGCAACCGACCGUCCAAGGGUCUAUUUUUCAUUCAGCAUGAGGUUCAUUGGGGCACAGGUGUCUUUAGACACGUCUUUGAAUGCUAACUGGUAGUUAAGUGUUAAAUCUGCACUCAUUCAUGUUCACCAUACAUCCAGGUGGCAAUGGACUAUUUCAACAAGACAAAA